GAUAGAGACACAGAAAGAGGAGAGGUAGAAAACCGAUCCUGUUUCUGCCUCCUCCACCUCUAUUUCAGAACCAAGGACAGAGCCUCUGAGCAGCUGACCCAAGCAACGUUAGUUUAGGGUCCUCCCAAAUCCUCUAGAGAAAACAGAUGCAUUCAGAAGCGGCUAUGGAACAUGCAGCAAGGUUUCAAUAGGAAAGCUAGAAUAGCAGCACACUAGUGAUUUCACUUUAAAGGCAAAAAUGUGAAUUUUCUUUCUGUUCAUUUCCACAGUUUGUGUGUCCUGGGAAAGGCAAAGUUUGCCUUGCUUGGGUAUGCUUGCUUUCAGUAAAUGGCUGCAGGAGCUGAGGUGCUAAACUCCCCAGUAUCCAGAAGUCAGAAGAAAUUUUCAGGGAACCCCCUUGGGAGCCACACCUCCCUGAGGGCCAUGGCACCUCUGAGUCAGCUGAGUGGCUACAUCAACUCUACUUGUGGGGCUGCAGAGAACUCCACGGGUGCCAGGUGGGCCCGCCCACAUGCCUACUAUGCCCUAUCCUACUGUGCACUCAUCCUGGCCAUCAUCUUCGGCAAUGGACUGGUGUGCGUAGCGGUGCUGAAAGAACGGGCCCUGCAGACCACCACCAACUACCUCGUUGUGAGCCUGGCUGUGGCAGACCUUUUGGUGGCCACCUUGGUGAUGCCCUGGGUGGUAUACCUGGAGGUGACAGGAGGAGUCUGGAAUUUCAGCCGUGUUUGCUGCGAUGUAUUUGUCACCCUGGAUGUCAUGAUGUGUACAGCCAGCAUCCUGAACCUCUGUGCUAUCAGCAUCGACAGGUAUACUGCAGUGGUCAUGCCAGUUCACUACCAGCAUGGCACAGGACAGAGUUCCUGCCGACGCGUGGCUCUUAUGAUCACAGCUGUCUGGGUACUGGCCUUUGCUGUGUCCUGUCCUCUUCUUUUUGGCUUCAACACCACAGGGGACCCCAGUGUCUGCUCCAUCUCUAACCCUGAUUUUGUCAUCUACUCUUCAGUGGUAUCUUUCUACUUGCCCUUUGGAGUGACUGUCCUCGUCUAUGCUAGGAUCUAUGUGGUAUUAAGACAGAGGAGACGAAAACGGAUCCUCACUCGACAGAACAGCCAAUGCAUCAGUGUCAGGCCCAGCUUCUCCCAACAACCCCUUUCCCCUGGCCGGGCACACAUGGAGCUAAAGCGCUAUUACAGUAUCUGCCAAGAUACUGCCUUGGGGCGGCCAGAUUUCCAAGAUGGGGAAGCAGAGUUGAAAAGAGAGGAGAAGACUCGGAACUCUCUCAGCCCAACCAUGGCACCCAAACUCAGCUUAGAAGUUCGAAAACUCAGCAACGGCAGGCUGUCAACAUCCCUGAAGCUGGGGCCCUUGCAACCUCGAGCAGUGCCACUCAGGGAGAAGAAGGCAACCCAGAUGCUAGCCAUUGUGCUUGGAACCUUCAUUGUCUGUUGGAUGCCCUUCUUCCUGACCCACGUUCUCAAUACCCACUGCCAAGCAUGCCAUGUGUCCCCAGAGCUUUACAGUGCCACAACAUGGCUGGGCUACGUGAACAGCGCCCUCAACCCUGUGAUCUAUACUACCUUCAAUGUCGAGUUCCGCAAGGCCUUCCUCAAGAUCCUGUCUUGCUAAAGGAGGAAAGAAAGGAUUACUCUUUGUGCCCACCUCUAGCUGCCAAGCCAUUGGGCCAC